CAGAAGAUAGAGGGAGUCUCGGAGCUCGCCAUCUCCAGCGAUCUCUACAUUGGGAAAAAACAUGGAGUCAGCUCCGGCAGCCCCCGACCCCGCCGCCAGCGAGCCGGGCAGCAGCGGCGCGGACGCGGCCGCCGGCGCCAGGGAGACCCCGCUGAACCAGGAAUCCGCCCGCAAGAGCGAGCCGCCCGCCCCGGUGCGCAGACAGAGCUAUUCCAGCACCAGCAGAGGUAUCUCAGUAACGAAGAAGACACAUACAUCUCAAAUUGAAAUUAUUCCUUGCAAGAUCUGUGGAGACAAAUCAUCAGGAAUCCAUUAUGGUGUCAUUACAUGUGAAGGCUGCAAGGGCUUUUUCAGGAGAAGUCAGCAGAGCAAUGCCACCUACUCCUGUCCGCGUCAGAAGAACUGUUUGAUUGAUCGAACCAGUAGAAACCGUUGCCAGCACUGUCGGUUACAGAAAUGCCUGGCCGUAGGCAUGUCUCGAGAUGCUGUAAAAUUUGGCCGGAUGUCAAAAAAGCAAAGAGACAGCUUGUACGCAGAAGUACAAAAACACCGGAUGCAGCAGCAGCAGCGAGACCACCAACAGCAGCCUGGAGAGGCCGAGCCGCUGACUCCCACCUACAACAUCUCGGCCAACGGGCUCACCGAGCUUCACGAGGACCUCAGCAACUACAUCGACGGGCACACCCCGGAGGGAAGCAAGGCAGACUCUGCUGUCAGCAGCUUCUACCUGGACAUACAGCCUUCCCCAGACCAGUCAGGUCUUGAUAUCAAUGGAAUCAAACCAGAACCAAUAUGUGACUACACACCAGCAUCAGGCUUCUUUCCCUACUGUUCUUUCACCAAUGGAGAGACGUCCCCAACUGUGUCCAUGGCAGAAUUAGAACACCUUGCACAGAAUAUAUCUAAAUCACAUCUGGAAACUUGCCAAUACUUGAGAGAAGAGCUCCAGCAGAUAACGUGGCAGACCUUUCUGCAGGAGGAGAUCGAGAGCUACCAAAACAAGCAGCGAGAGGUGAUGUGGCAGUUGUGUGCCAUCAAAAUCACGGAAGCUAUACAGUAUGUGGUGGAGUUUGCCAAACGCAUUGACGGAUUUAUGGAACUGUGUCAAAAUGAUCAAAUUGUGCUUCUCAAAGCAGGUUCUCUAGAGGUGGUGUUUAUCAGAAUGUGCCGUGCCUUCGACUCUCAGAACAACACCGUGUACUUUGAUGGGAAAUAUGCUAGCCCCGAUGUCUUCAAAUCCUUGGGUUGUGAAGACUUUAUUAGCUUUGUAUUUGAAUUUGGAAAGAGUUUAUGUUCUAUGCACCUGACUGAAGAUGAAAUUGCGUUAUUUUCUGCAUUUGUACUAAUGUCAGCAGAUCGCUCGUGGCUGCAGGAAAAGGUAAAAAUUGAAAAACUGCAACAGAAAAUUCAGCUAGCUCUUCAACACGUCCUGCAGAAGAAUCACCGAGAAGAUGGAAUACUAACAAAGUUAAUAUGCAAGGUGUCUACAUUAAGAGCCUUAUGUGGACGACAUACAGAAAAGCUAAUGGCAUUUAAAGCAAUAUACCCAGACAUUGUACGACUUCAUUUUCCUCCAUUAUACAAGGAGUUGUUCACUUCAGAAUUUGAGCCAGCAAUGCAAAUUGAUGGGUAAAUGUAUCACCUAAGCACUUCUAGAAUGUCUGAAGUAUAAACCAUGAAAAGCAACAACAAAAAUAUUAACCGAGACACUUUAUAUGGCCCUGCACAGACCUGGAGCGCCAACACACUGCACAUCUUUUGGUGAUGGGGUCAGGCAAAGGAGGGGAAACAAUGAAAACAAAUAAAAGUUGAACUUGUUUUUCUCAUGCAUAUGAUUUCCAUUAUGCCUACAGAUAUGGACCCUUUUUCUGUCUCAACUUCUUGAUCAUUGACCUCUGUUUACAACUGAAGGAGGGUACUAAAGUCGGAGGAUUUCCUUUUCUUGUAGCUCACUGCCCACAGACUUUCUGCAGAGUCACCAAUCUGUCGGUAACAACAGAGAGUCCGGCAAUAAUCGGUGCCCGGUGUGCAUAGCGGAGGUGGCGGCAUGACUUUGCACAACCUGCUCUUUGUUUCAUGAAGGAAGUUUUUAUUUUUUUCACCGAUUAUUGCCAGUCAGCAGGAUGGCAUGAAAAGGGUCCAUAGCACUAGCAACGAUAGCAUUAUAAUAUAUUACAGGGUAAAUGGGCAUGAAGACUAUAUAUAGCUAAAAGAGAUAUUGUUUAUAUAUUGUUUUAAUUAAUAUAAAAUGUAGUUACUGGUGUAGCUUUUCCUGUUGAAUUGAUAAGGCACUUUCAUUUUGCACCUUUUUCUUUAAAUGAAAUGCUAGCGUGUUCACUGUCGUGUCGCAUGUGCACCAGAAACACAAGUUUAACUGAGAAGGCUUGGAAGGUACGUCAGGAGGUAUUUAUGCUGCUGUUUACAAAUUACUUUGAAAAGACUGGCUGGUCAUAUCUAGAAAUCAUGAUGCGGAUUAUUGGUUUGUUUUUGUUUUGUUUUGUUUUUUUACACUUCAUUUGGUAUUAGAAACGGAACUCUCCCUAAAUUAUACUUUGCUUUUUGGUAAGCUCAAGGAUAGAUGUGUUUAUGCUUCAUACAAAGUUGAAUGGUCGAUUGGUGCUAUGGACUUAUACCAUCAUGCACGUUAUUUUUAAAAAGCUUUUUUAAGUGCCACCUCAUGGAGGCAGGGGAGGGACGGGAGGCUCAUUUCAUACAAUUCAGUAGUUAUACGGACUCAGUCUCAACUUGGAAUUCUUAUGCUUUGAGGAUAAAUCAGUAACCCAAAUAUUUAUUGGAAUUCAGCUUUUAUUAUAAGAAGGACCCAAAGAUUAUAUCUGGAGCAAACACACACUCCCCAUGUGAGGACAUGAAACAUUUACUUUGUGAAUGCCUAUGUUCUUGGUCUAAUCUAGGAACCCUAAGAGUGUAUCUCAGAGAGACCUAGCUCUAGACUAGCUGCCUCUAGAUGCUAUAAUUCUAGAAUAUAGCUCUCCAUAUUUCACAGACAAUGGACAGAAGGGCGAGGGAGUUAUGCAACACUGAACCGGUUUCUCUUAUUUAAAUAUUAAAUAUUUUAAGUAUUCAAAGUGAAGAUGCUAGCCGCAAACAUUUACUCUUGUAUUUAUUUUCACUAGAAAACUGUGGACUGUAAUUUAUUUUAUUAAAUAUUUAGAAGAAUGUUUGGCUUUUGUGUUCAGAUGAGAAAUAUUGAGUGUUUUUGUUUAAUUUCAUUUUUUUUAAAUUUUAAUAAUUCCCAGUGGGGGAAGGGAAAAUGAACAGUCUGAUAUACAAGUGUGCAUAUUUUUAAAAUAAGUGCCCUUUGGAAAUGUCAGCAUUUAGAAGAUGAUUUUAGUCAGUCGGAUGGGAUUCAAACUUCUGGUCUGACAUGAAGGACCAUGGUUAUACAGAAAAGGGAAUAUCCCAUAGCAUAAUGGUGGGAGUUUCCAGACAGCCCUUUAUAGCCAAAAAAAUAUCUCUACCCCCAGGCUCUUCCUGAAUCUUCCCUAGGAACUGUGGCUCCUAAUGUCACGUGGAUCACAGCAGGGGCGUCCCAGAGCCAUUUACUCUGGGUUUAACCCCAACUGAUUUUCUGACUUGUUUCUGGAGGGAUUUGGAAAAGAGGAAGGAAUUAUUCACAGAGAAGUGUGUAUGAAGCCUAAAUAACAUCUUAAUUUUUU